GUUUGGCUGUUUCUGCUUUGUACUUCAGUCCUCGCGCUCACAGGAAGAAGACGAUCUGUUUGUUUUCGCUAAUGGCACACAAAAGUUUUAUCCGGUGCUCGGACAUGGAUUGUGUUGGAUUUAGGUGAGAGACGCGCACACCCACGCGCCGAGAACAGGUGGGUCCUGUUUUUACCGUCAGCCGGUUUGCGCACAGAUGGGGAACCAGGUGGAGAAACUGACGCACUUAAACUACGCCGAAGUGCCGACCUCGGACCCCAACGGGCUCGACCCGAGUGACGACGGGCCACGGAUCGGAGUCUCCUACAUUUUCUCCAACGACGGCGGAGACGAGGACGAUCACGACGACGGCGUGCAGAACUUCAACCUGCCACACCACGACGACAAGCCCUUUGACCCCGAGGACGAGCUGCAGUCCGCGGUGUUCUACCGGGAGGAGUGCGUGUUCGAGCGCGCGGCCGGAGCCGCCACGCACUCCGCGGAAAGUCUCCUGAACAAGUGCAGACCGGGAGACCUGCUGGAGUUCGUAGCCAGCGGCCAGUACCCACACUGGGCCGUGUACGUGGGAGACUUCCAGGUGGUUCAUUUACAGCGCGCGGAGAUCAAAAACAACUUCCUCAGUGACGUCAGCCAGGGCAAAAAGGGCAGGAUAGUUAGCGCGCUCUACCGGUACCACGCGCUGCCGCCGGAGGUGAUCGUGCGUAACGCCUUGGAUCACGUCGGAACGCGGGACCGGGAGCUGUACUGGAGGAACUCUGAGUGCUUCGCCGCCUGGUGCCGCUUUGGCAAACGGGAGUUUAAAGUCGGAGGGGAGAUCCGGAUCGGAAAGCAGCCGUACAGGUUGAAACUGGUGUUCACGGACAAGAAGAACCACGUGCUGGAGUUCCAAAGCCUCGAGGACGUGAUCAUGGAGAGGAGGAGGAACGAUCAGAUCGGCAAGAAGGCUGUGAUGCAAGAGCUGGCAAACCAUCUGAAUGCAAGCAGUGACAUGAAUGAGUAGCAUUUUGUUAAUUGACAGUGACGUCAUCUGAUGAUGAUGUUUGGUUGGCUAAUUGCUUACUAAUUAACAGCUUCAGUCUAGAAACACAUCUACACAGGGUGAUUAAAAUCCAUUAUUUAUAUAGAAAUUUUGGAUUUUAAGUGACAAAAAUAUUCCAGAAUUUUCUGGGUUUGAAGUGUAAUAUUAUAGCUGACAUGGUCAUGUCAACAUGGAGCAUUUGAUUAUGAUUGGUCAUCAUAAAGGAAACUGUAACCACAGUUGGCCUAGGCAACCAUAUUGAUAAUGUUGCUAACAGAAGUUGACCUUAUGUUAGCCCAGAGUGUUAAUGUUAGUGUGACUUGUCCCUAGUCUGAAUUCCUCUAAAAUAGUGGAUCCUCAAACCUGGAAACAUUUUGGGAAUGGAAACAUUAUUUAUUAUGCAGAUAAAUGCAUUUUUAUGUCUAUAAUUAAAAGUUGUGUUGUUGAAGAUGUUUUAAAUGGAAUAAUAUAGUGCAGUUUUAAGAACGAUUUAUGUAGUAAUUGUUGAUUGGAAACAAAAUGAUUUCUCUGUGAAUCAUUGCACUAUAUUACCCCAUUUAAAACAUCUUCUACAUUACUUUUAAUUACAGACAGAAAUAUCAUAAAAUCCAUCAAUCUGCAUAAUAAGUACGUAUUGUUUUAGGAUCCACCUGCUACAACAGUGGUGAUAUUAGGCAGACAUGCCUUCCGCCUGUGACCACCAAAUGGUGCUGUAGCAAUGGGGAUGCCUUUGUUCCAUGACAAAUGUUGUAGCAUUCAGGGUUUUUCUUUAUUCUCUCUCUACUCGACAGACAAAAUAACUUGUCGCCCCUCAGUUUUGCCCAGCUUGUGCAAAAACUCUUUUUGCAGUGGUUUAGUAUUUUUGUAUAGUCUAUUUUUGCUAUAGUGGUUGGCAUGACUGCAUGUGCUAACCAUCGUUAGUCUUCUUCGGUGGUGCCUAUCUGUACAUAGCCAUAUUGAUAAUACACAACUCCUUCAUACAUAGGGCUUGUGAUUGGUCAGCCUGGGUCAUUUGCUUUUUGUUUUCUAUCCUUGCAUAGGGCUGAAAUUACAUUUUGAUGUGACAAUCAUAAAAACACUUUUUCUGGUUCCAAAAUGUUUCUAAUUAUUUGUUUAUCAUAUAUGUAUCUUUAUACUUGAAGUAGAAACCCUUAACAUGAGUGGGAUUCAAACUGUGGGCCUUUGGCGCAGUAGCCCAGCACCCUACCACAUAUACUGCAGCAUCUCACAUUCGGCAGUGGGUCACAGGUUGAAGUUAUCAUAGAUGCCACGUAUGGAUUUCUAUGGGAUCAACUUGAACUCAAACCAUGGCUACUUGCGGAUACAAUUUUUGUAUUAUCAGUACAGAUGUAAUUGAGUAUUAUCAAUACAGCUACAUAUGGGUAGCCACUUCUCUGUCUUUAAUCAGACUCAUCAUUAGCAAAAUGCUCCAGGUUGACAAAAUGAUGUCUGGUAUGAAGGGAGAUCAGGUGGUUUCUGAAAAACUUUAAUCAUUAGAUUUUUAAAGGGGCUUUUUUUUUAACCAUAUUUGACCUCUGACCUAAACUCACAAAUGAUGUCUUAAUUUAAUUAUCAAGCCAUCAGUCUGUAUUACCUGUGAUGAUAUUUUAAUGGCAUUUUGUGAGGAGUUGGUUCCACUGGUUAAGAAGAUAUUAAACUUUGAUGGAGAUUUAUACUUUGGUUAACAUUUUUGAACAACCUACCUUUAUGAUGUCACAAAGGUCUCUGUCUUCUUUGUUGUUGUCCACAUUGGCAUGAUGUUGUGGUUCUGUCUUUGCAAUAUAUUUACAUAUACGAGGUCUGUCAAUAAAGUAACAGACCAUUGGCUGGGAAAAAAAAACUGGCUUACCUGGAGGGUUGGAAACCUAAUCACCCUCGAAGUACUCUCCUUGGGACUCCACACAC